AUGAUUUAAUAUGGUGAUACAAUGAUUUUAUUUGAGGAUGGAAAACCUAAAUAGUUCAUUACAGUUACAUAAGGCUAAACAUAUUAAAAUAAAUAUGGAGCAUACCAUCAUUAUACUUUUCUUGUGAAACCAGGUUAGGAAAUACUUUCAAAAAAUGGAACAGGCCCAAUAUAUUUAAUGACUCCAAAUCCUCAUUUAAUAACAGAAACCGUUCCUCAUAAAACUUAAAUACUUUUUAUGGCUGAUAUUUCAAUGAUUAUUCUUAAAUUAUGUUUAAAACCAGGUUAGCAUGUUAUUGAAAGUGGAACAGGAAGUGGAUCUUUAUCUUGUUCAUUAGCAGCAGCUGUAGGUCAUAAAGGCAAAUUAUUUUCUUAUGAAUUCAACUAAGAGAGAGCAAUUAAUGGUAAAGAAUUAUUUGCAAAAUUAAAAAUAAAUUAAGCAACUUGCUUUUGGAGAGAUGUUUAUACUAAUGGAUUCUUAAAAGGAGAUGAUGAUUAAAAUUAAGGAGAAUUUCCUUUAGAGAAUAGUGUUGAUGCUAUAUUUCUAGAUUUGCCUUANAAUCAAUUAAAAUAUCGAAAUAAUUAAAUUCAUAAGAUGAUUAAGCUUUCAAAUCAAAUCCAAUUAAUAAAGUAUAAACUCCUAGAUCAUAUUUAAAUAGUUCAAAAUUUAAAAAAUCAUAGAUCUAAGAAUAAAAAUAAAAAUAAAAAGAUAAUGAAUAAAGUUUAAAAAAACUUAUGGUUUUUAAGUAAGAUAAUGUUAUAAAGACUCAUAGAAAUUUAGGAUUUGUUCCAAAACUAAAUCUUAAUAUCAUCAAUCAUUUGA